AUGAAAACAAUUAAUGAGAGUUUGGGAGAUGAUUUCUUACUGGUGGGUUUCUCUGAUCAGCCACAGCUUGAGAAGAUUCUCUUUGUGCUUGUGCUAAUCUCUUACCUCCUGACACUGCUAGGCAACACAACAAUCAUCCUGGUCUCCUGUUUGGAUCCCACACUCCACACACCCAUGUAUUAUUUUCUUACCAAUCUCUCCUUUGUUGACCUCUGCUUUACCACCAGCAUUGUUCCUCAGCUACUAUGGAACCUCCAUGGUCCAGCCAAGACAAUUACCCCUAUAGGCUGUGCCAUCCAACUCUAUGUGUCUCUGGCACUGGGAUCCACUGAGUGUGUUCUGCUAGCUGUCAUGGCAUUUGAUCGUUAUGCUGCUGUUUGCCGACCACUCCACUAUGGCACGGUUAUGCACCCACGACUUUGCCAGUCUCUUGCAGGAAUAGCAUGGUUGAGUGGAGUGGGCAACGCCCUGAUUCAGGGCACCAUCACCCUUCAGCUGCCCCGUUGUGGAAACCGUAACAUUUACCACUUCAUCUGCGAAGUGCCUGCCAUGAUCAAGUUGGCCUGUGUGGACAUUCAUGCUAAUGAAGUCCAGCUCUUCAUGGCUUCCUUGGUCCUGCUCCUCCUCCCCCUGGCACUCAUCUUGGUAUCCUAUGGGUGCAUUGUCCAAGCGGUGAUGAGGAUUAGGUCAGCUCAAGCAUGGCGUAAAGCCCUUGGAACUUGUGGAUCCCACCUGUUGGUAGUAUCCCUCUUCUAUGGGACCAUCACAGCAGUCUAUAUCCAGCCCAAUAGUUCAUAUGCCCACAGUCAAGGACAGUUCAUAACCCUUUUGUAUACCGUAGUAACUCCCACCCUCAACCCCCUCAUUUAUACUCUGAGAAACAAAGAUGUAAAGGGAUCUUUGAAGAAGCUGGUGCAAAAAGAUCAGAACACAGGAAAGUGA